GUCUGACUGUGUGAUCCAGAUCCUGUAGCUACAGUAUCUCCCACCAUUGACCUCCCAAACGAUCACGCCGCAUCAUUAUGAGAAUUGGUCUGGGCGGUACAGAGCAGAGUAGAGUAGAGCAACAGAGCAGAGCGAGUGAGCCACAUCCGCCACUGGAGGGAUCUAAUCUGUGCAAUCUGACGCUCAAGGAUUUAUAGGUUUAGUCAAAAUUGCUUUUCUCCACUGUGGGGAUUAAGCACCGUGGGAUGUUUUGUUGUUCAGGCCAGAGCUGCUGCUUCUUACCCGGCCCCGAUGCUGUUCUGUUGAAGACAAUGUCCCAGGACCCACGCAGAGAGGUUUUAGCCCUAGUGGGGUGUGGAAUUUGACUGGAAUUUGAGGGGUCCACGGGGGUAUGUGCACUAUGCAAGUGGAGACUGUGUUUGUGCUGUUCUGCAUCUGCCUCAUGGGGGUUGCUGGGAGAUCAGCUCAUCAAAGAGGUCACAAGCUGGAGACCUACAAACAAAGCAGAUCCAGGAGACAAACGUCAAGAAUGGAUGGAGGAACUCAUAGCAAGUCUGAAAGACCAAUUCUAAAACGAAGUUCAGACAUGACAAAAUCUCCCAUGACAAAAUCUGAGCAGCUCCUAAGAAUAGAUGACCAUGACUUUACCAUGAGACCAGCAUUUGGAGGACCCCCUAUUCCAGUUGGGGUAGAUGUUCAGGUUGAAAGUCUGGACACAAUCUCUGAAGUGGAUAUGGACUUCACCAUGACCCUGUACCUCAGGCACUACUGGAAGGACGAGCGCCUGUCUUUCCCCAGCACCAACAACCAGAGCAUGACCUUCGACAGCAGGCUGGCCAAGAAGAUCUGGGUUCCUGAUAUGUUCUUUGUCCACUCCAAGAGGUCCUUCAUCCACGAUACCACCACAGACAACGUCAUGCUGCGGGUGCACCCUGACGGAAACGUCCUCUACAGUCUGAGAGUCACAGUAACUGCCAUGUGCAACAUGGACCUGAGUCGCUUCCCUCUGGACACACAGACCUGCUCCCUGGAGAUAGAGAGCUACGCGUACACGGACGAUGACCUCAUGCUGUACUGGAAGAAAGGCAACGAGUCACUGAACACGGACGAGAGGAUAUCUUUAUCCCAGUUCCUCAUCCAGAAGUUCCACACCACUACAAAGCUGGCCUUUUAUAGCAGUACAGGCUGGUACAACCGUCUGUACAUCCACUUCACCCUACGACGCCACGUCUUCUUCUUCCUGCUCCAGACCUACUUCCCUGCCACCCUCAUGGUCAUGCUGUCCUGGGUCUCCUUCUGGAUUGACCGCAGGGCCGUCCCCGCUAGGGUCCCUUUGGGUAUCACUACGGUGCUCACCAUGUCCACCAUCAUCACUGGAGUCAACGCCUCCAUGCCCAGAGUGUCCUACAUCAAAGCAGUAGACAUCUACCUGUGGGUCAGUUUCGUAUUUGUCUUCCUCUCAGUCAUAGAGUAUGCAGCGGUCAACUACCUCUCGACUGUGCAGGAGCGGAAAGAGAGGAAACUAAGAGAGAGGUUGCCCUGUACCUGUGGCAUCGGCAACCCGGACGACAUGACGUGCGACCCCCAGAUCUCUGGCUACACCACCAUGGACGUCAACAGCACAGGGAACUAUGGCACCGCAGGGAACUAUGGGAUGCCAGAGAACGGCGGCAGGCAGGAGAGGAUGUUAGCCCAGGUAGUUCUGGGGGAUCCCCAGCUCACGGCCCAGGUAAAGAGGCCAGGCUACGUGAACAUUUGGAUAGACACCCACGCCAUAGACAAGUACUCACGGGUCCUCUUCCCUGGUUCCUACGCCCUGUUCAACAUCAUCUACUGGUCCAUCUACUCCUAACGCCUGGCCUGUGUCACCAAUGGGGAUGGACCCUUCUACCCUAUCACACUCACAUGCUGCAGUUAGAGGUCAACAUGGUCAUAUUCAUUAAGCACCAAAUGGCAGAAAACUGACUGAAACAUGGAGGGAGUGGGACUACCUCAACUUGUCAAUUUUUAGAGUGUGCCCUAAUGAAUAUGACCCAGGACUCCACUGUGACUCCAUUAACAGGGAUAGUGGCCACGGAGAGAACAUGUCUUUGUCUGUUUUUCAAGAGAGAGAGAGACUGAGAUAUGGCUAAUAAAAUGCAAGGAACAUUGCCUUUUUGACCCAGCCUCUUAAAUGGACCAAUUUAAAUAUGUACUCUUUCCAUGUGUAUUCAAGAAAACAGUUAUAAGGGUUUAUCGUCAUUUCCACUGAGCCACCGGGUCAAAUUUGUAAAUACUGUGUUUAGCUAGACGGUAAGGGCUUAGGAUCGUGUACAAUGUUAUCAAUGACUCAGAGGGACCAAAGAUAGACUGAGGUAUCUAUCCUUCUGGCUUGGAAGCGUUACAAAAUUGGGUGCAGUAUUUUUAUCUAAACAUCCACUGAGAAUGUUCAGUUGCGCUAUGGUUUCUCAAACAUCAGACUAAUUAAUAUUGAUAACUGUUGCAUCGGGGUUGUAAAAACAAUUUUUGAUAGCAACAAUGUUUUGGGAACGUCAAAUUUUGAAAUACAAAUGUUGUUUACACGUUGUGAAUUAUUUUCCAUAGAACGUAUAGCCCCUUGUUGAUUAUCCCUUACUUAAUCUCUGAGACGAUCAUAUAUUUGACAUUGAGACGUUUUUUAUUAUGGUCACGAUUUAAGUCUAAAUUCUACCGUUUUGGGAUUGUGUCAUAUUGGUUGUGACUAAUGGACAACUAAGCAACAGAAAAACAACAUUGAUAUGUUUCAGAUCUGAAGGCUUGCCCACUGGGUAGAGGGCCUUGGGAUGACGUGUGUUUGUAUAUAUAUAUGUGCGUUAAUUGGGUGGUCCUCUGUAGCUCAGCUGGUAGAGCACGGCGCUUGU